GGCACCAAUGCCUCUGCUCUGGAAAAAGACAUUGGGCCAGAGCAAUUUCCACUUAAUGAACACUACUUUGGGCUGGUCAACUUUGGCAACACAUGCUACUGUAACUCCGUCCUGCAAGCCCUGUACUUCUGCCGGCCGUUUCGAGAAAAUGUGUUGGCGUAUAAGGCCCAGCAGAAAAAAAAAGAAAACCUCUUGACUUGUCUAGCAGACCUUUUCCACAGCAUUGCUACACAGAAGAAGAAAGUUGGGGUGAUCCCUCCCAAAAAAUUCAUCUCAAGGCUACGGAAGGAGAACGAUCUUUUUGACAACUACAUGCAGCAGGAUGCUCACGAAUUUUUGAAUUACUUACUAAACACUGUUGCCGACAUUCUACAAGAGGAGAAGAAGCAGGAAAAGCAAAAUGGCAAAUUGAAAAAUGGAAACGUGAACGAAGCAGAAGAGAACAGCAAACAGGAGCUGACCUGGGUGCACGAGAUAUUUCAGGGAACUUUGACCAAUGAAACAAGAUGUCUGAACUGUGAAACCGUAAGCACUGGCAGUAUUAAAACAAGAAUUACCUGUAAAACAGCUGGAUAA